CUUCUCUUUCAUUUCACUUGUUGAAUAGUCCGUGUUUGGAAUCAGGGAUAAAGAUGAUCAGAGGUGCCAUGUACGUGUUUCUGGCUGCAUUUUUGUUCUUCAAUAUUGCUGAACAUGCUUCUGUAAGUUGUGCUUUGACGAGUGAGUUGCAGAGAAAAAUUGCAGAAGCAAACGAAAAGGGGCCUUAUCUAGGUUUAAUCAUACCAAAUUCUUUUGAACUUAGCCCUCUUCUUCAGAACCCAGGCUACACACCCUAUGACACCGUAAUAGACUUUGCUGGAAAGAGAUUUCGGUUUGGAGCCAUUGGUGACAAGCCUGUCAUACUGGUGAUGACAGGAUUGAGCUUGAUAAAUUCAGGUAUAACAACUCAGCUUCUCCUGAGUUUCUUCGCAGUAGAAGGAGUAGUGCAUUACGGCAUUGCUGGAAAUGCAAAUCCUUCCUUGCAUAUUGGAGAUGUAACCAUUCCCAAACAAUGGGCUCAUCUUACACUUUGGAGUUGGCAGAGACAUGGACUGGGACCUGAUGAUACGUUACCCUUGGAAGACAAUGGAGACUACACCAGAAAUUUAGGGUUCUUAAAAUUUGCAGAUUUCACCACAAACGUAAGUGAUGAUAGUUCCGCAGACAACCAGCUAAACAAUAUAUGGUACCAACCUGAGGAAAUUUUUCCCGUUGAUGGCGUUCCGGAAGAAAGGCAGCAUGCCUUCUGGGUUCCAGUUGAUUCCAAUUACUACCGCAUUGCUGAAAAACUUCAGGGGUUGAAGUUAGAGUCGUGCGUAAACUCGACGACGUGCUUAAGCUCAACGCCGAAGAUGCAGUUUGUGAAGAGAGGAAUUAGCCAAAGCAUCUACGUGGACAAUUCGGCAUACAGAACAUUCAUCUACAACAAAUUUGAAGUGAGUCCGGUGGACAUGGAAACUGCAUCUGUCGCUCUUAUAUGCCUUCAACAAAGGAUACCUUUCAUUGCUAUUAGGGCUCUCUCCGACUUGGCCGGCGGUGGCUCCGCCGAGUCCAACGAAGCCGAUACCUUCUUAUCCAUCGCCGCCGCUAAUUCUGUCAGCACCGUCAUUGAGUUCGUUAAGCUCUUAUCUUCCCACUGAGUAGCAAUCCACGUUGCAUAUGUAACAAACAAACAACUUCGCCGUACGUUGUUUCCCAAUAAUAAUAAUAAUCCAUGCAUUCAAUUAUUCUAAUAGAGUUUAUGAAG